UAACACUCGCGUCCAUCGCUCCGUCGACAAGUUUUGCGUUGUUGGUCAGUGUCGCAAAUGCGUUGCCGUUGCCCCGUGAGAUUAAUGAAGUGUUUGGUGUUUAAUUAACGAAAAAAGUAACUCCAAUUCGUUGAAUGAUAUCAAAAUUGUAAUAAGCUUCUUCUGUUACACCUUUUUGUUCGGGUUCGGUUCGUCUUAAUGUGAUUAGUGGAAACCCAACGGGGCGCAAAUGAAAAUUGUGAAUAAGACGUCGGAAAUUAAUACGGCUACGACCUUGGGGAAUUGUGGACAUCGCAGUGGUGCCAAGAUACUGUGAAAAGUGUUCCGGAAGUGGAUUAAUUAGCAUUGUGGAAACUGUAACAGCUGACGAACUGCGGGAGUUGAGAGGACUUUUUCGGUGCAACCUGAUGCAUGUGGAGAAGAAUGGUGCAGAGCAAAGUGGAGUGAGGCGAACGCUAUGGAUUUCAUAAAAAGUCUCCUACCGCCGCUCAGACUUCCCAAGCUGAAGAAGCUCAAGCAAUGGAACGGUUCGUCGAUUCUGAACCUGAGCCAGCUGACGCGACUUCCGUCCCGGACGCGUAACGUCGGAACCGUACCUUCGGUGGCCACUCCAUCGACGUCAUCUUCACGAUCUAAUUCGGCCGUGGCGUCGAUUUCCAACGGCACCAAAGGACACGCCAGGAAACGUUCGGACAUCUCGAUCAUUUCGGCGUCGGUUCCGAGUGCCGUUGGGAAUGGGAGCCUUGGGCUUUAUGCUUUGAAGUGCGACCGAAAUGCUGCCAAACGGGGGAUAUUGCUGAACUUACCGCGGAAGAUGGUGGCGGUGGUAGGUGGAGAAACUGUCAGUGGCAGUUGCUACCAGUCGGAGGAGAUGGUCCACGAGAAGUUCUCGCCAUGUAAGAAAGUGGUGGAGCCACCACCGAGGAGGAAGAGAAUGCGGAAGAAGUUGGAACAGCAACGACAGGAGACACAAGGGCAGUUGAAUGCACUACAGGCGAGGGGUGGAGAGGUUUAUUUAGGAGAUCAGUUGCUGCAGAGGAACCGCAGUGAGCUGUUCAGGAUUGUCGAACGAGGAUCGAACGAGAAUGUGAAUCAAGGAGUUGGGGAGAAGUUGGCACCGCCGACCGGGAGCUUGCAGAGGGGAUGGAAGACUCGAUCGGCGGACAACAUACUGACGUUGAAGAAACGGUAUCAGGAGGAAGUGGUGGAAAGUGACAGCGAUGUGGAACAGGUCCGUUCGUUGAAGGUGGUGCGAAAUCGGGUGUGGAAGGAGUCCAAAGGGUUGAAGUACAGUGAGAGUAUGGAGAGUGAUUCGGAGGAGACUGUGAAGCUGAAGAAGAACGUUCGAAGUCAAUUCAAGAAAGCCAGUGAGUUUUCGAUUGACAACAAUUCCGAUGAGAUCCAGGUCAGGUUUAAAAGGAAUGAGAGUACAGAAAGUGAGGGGGUACCGAAACCGGUGCCACUUCCGUUGCCGAACAGAGUGGUUGCUUUGCGACAAGAAGGAGCUAAGUCAGAGGUUAAGAUAAUACCCAAACUACCGGAAACUCCACCUCCAAAACCAGUUGAAAAAUUCGCGACUUCUCUGGACUUCGCCGACAAUUUCAAACCUCUGGCCUCAGUGCUUCAGGAAUCCAUCAAGAGUACCGAUUUGAAACGCAAGUGGAUUAAUGAUUUUCUCACGGAAAGUGACGAAGAACCUGCGAAUCCGAAACAAUCCGUAGUGAGCUUGAAGAAUCAGCAGUCAAACGAAUUCCUUUCGAAGAAGUUUGCAAUGAUCAACAAGUUUGAUAAGCAGCUAGAGGCACUGGAAACAGGAAAGAAGCUUAUGUCCAAUGAAUCCAACGACAGUGUUAAUCUUUUCCAAAAGACUAAUGCAGACUUCGAAGAAUUUGACAAACUGUUCAACGACGGUGAAUCCGAAGCACAGCUGCGGUCGUUCGACAGCAUCAAGAAGAACGUCGACAACGAGCAGAUAACCUACAUCAACCAAUUCAAGGCCGAUCAACUGCGCUUCUCCUCGUCUUCAAUGGACUCGGACGCCGCCAGAGUAGUACCGAUUCCACCACCUCUUCCACCACCAGUGGUUCCCAAACCAACGAACGGGGCCCUGCCGAAGAGUACGGUCAUGAUUCAGGAUUACUACGACAAGAAGUUGCAGCGCGUCCGGUACGUCUCGUCGCCAUCGCCGUCGCGAUGCUUCGACGAUGAUUCGUCCACCGAGGAGCAGACCGAAGCGGUCAACAAUAAUAUAGUGCUUCCUUUAAGUAUAAUCAAUCGUACUAUUGUAGAUAACCGUUUUACUACUGAGCAAGUGCCAACGAGUGCGACAGCAGUAACCGAAGGAACUCAUAGUGUUAACGAACCGAAUCAAAACAUCUACCCAGCUACCUAUAACCAACCAGCUAGUAACGACCAUAUCUCGUGUAAUCUCCACAAUAUCGACGACCCCAGUUAUGUCGGUCAUAAUCAAGCAGAUACUAGUGAUUCUACCAACAACCAUAGUCAUAAUGUUUUUAUCGUGGGUGAAACCUUUAAGCGAAGUCAGGAACCGACCGCGGUCAAGCGAUACGUCAACUACAAGUUCGAUGAUUAUUGUAAAAUCGAGCGGGAGAAGAAACUUGGAGAUCCACCAGCGGUCGCUAGGGUUCCAGCAAGGGUCUUCAAUCUCAGCAGCUUCCAAGACAGUUGCUACAUUGAGGAAGAUGUUGUCAUCAUAUGAAUGCGACCGCUUGGGAACCUGAGAAGUGCAGAUGUUAUAUGUAAGUGGCAGCAACUCUUAUAAGGCCAAGUAUAGUUGUUCACAGGUUGCUGCUACCGAAUGGCCAUGGAAUUCGAUGAAGGGUUGGAAACGAAUUGUUUGUAUAGCUAACACUGGUGUAACAUAUAGACGAGCUAUCAAGUUUUAAUAAUUAUAUAACUUAUUGAAGCAAAA